GCUCCAACAGAAACGGACGCGUGGGUUUUUCCUCUCUCUCUCCGCCUGAGCGUAGAUGGAUAUUAUUUUCUCCGACACGGCGCCCACGAACUAGCUCACACGGUUAACGGUACCACUUCUGUUCCGUUCUGUCUUUUAAAAAAAAAUGUGCUUCUUUGGAUUAUUCUUCAUCUGGAAGAAAAACGUGAAAUAAAAUAAGGGGAGAGGAACUACAAGGAGAAGAACGAGAGAGAACGAGAGAAAGAAAAGCUGGGCAUCAGAGCAGGGUUGGUGCUCCCCGCUACACCGCAAGUCACGGACAUGCUUCAGGGAACUUGUAAUUCCAUAUCGAUAAGGGAGGCUCUGCCUGGCUCUCUAUCAUGACUGAUGGCGAGGGGAGAGUCCACUUCCACUACACCCCCACCUCCUCUGCCCCCACCCCCACCCUCACCCUCACCCCUGCCCUCAACGUCCAGCAGGGAGGGGAGGACAGGCGGUGCCAUGACGGAGAGGUGAGGGUUCUCAUACCGACUCCAUUUUACCGGGAACACAACCCGCACCCAUCACCGUUUUACACGGAGCACAACCCCCCGAGACGUCACCGCCACGACAUCGGCUUCCCUGAUGACGAUGAGGAAGAGGAAGAGGAGGGUGGCAGCAACACAUGGAGUCCAGGGCCGGAGGAGGAGGAGGAAGAGGAGGAAGGUGCAGGAGUAGCUGCCCGUUGUGUCCCGGGGCCUCCCGGCGUCGUUACCGGCGGUAGUAGUGGUGGUGGUGUGUUCGGUAACGUGAGGAGGGAGCCGGUAACGGAGCCGGUAACGGAGCCGGUAGACCCAGUGGACCUGGUGUCUGAAGAGGAGGAGCAGCAACCGUAUCCAGCCCUCGCCCCCGUAGUCUUCUUCUGCAUCAAACAGACGACGCGUCCUCGCAGCUGGUGUCUACGCACGGUCUGUAACCCAUAUCCUUUACUGCUGUCUGGUACUGGUCUGUACUGGUCUGUAACCCAUAUCCUUUACUGCUGUCUGGUACUGGUCUGUACUGGUCUGUACUGGUCUGUAACCCAUAUCCUUUACUGCUGUCUGGUACUGGUCUGUACUGGUCUGUAACCCCAUAUCCUUUACUGCUGGUCUGUACUGGUCUGUAACCCCAUAUCCUUUACUGCUGGUCUGUACUGGUCUGUACUUGUCUGUACUGGUCUGUACUGGUCUGUACUGGUCUGUAACCCCAUACCCUUUACUGCUGGUCUGUACUGGUCUGUACUGGUCUGUAACCCCAUAUCCUUUACUGCUGUCUGGUACUGGUCUGUACUGGUCUGUAAACCCAUAUCCUUUACUGCUGGUCUGUACUGGUCUGUAACCCCAUAUCCUUUACUGCUGGUUUGUACUGGUCUGUACUGGUCUGUAACCCCAUAUCCUUUACUGCUGGUCUGUACUGGUCUGUACUGGUCUGUAAACCCAUAUCCUUUACUGCUGGUCUGUACUGGUCUGUACUGGUCUGUAAACCCAUAUCCUUUACUGCUGGUCUGUACUGGUCUGUACUGGUCUGUACUGGUCUGUACUGGUCUGUACUGGUCUGUAAACCCAUAUCCUUUACUGCUGGUCUGUACUGGUCUGUACUGGUCUGUACUGGUCUGUAACCCCAUAUCCUUUACUGCUGGUCUGUACUGGUCUGUACUGGUCUGUAACCCAUAUCCUUUACUGCUGGUCUGUACUGGUCUGUACUGGUCUGUAACCCCAUAUCCUUUACUGCUGGUCUGUAGCUGGUCUGUAACCCCAUAUCCUUUACUGCUGGUCUGUACUGGUCUGUAACCCCAUAUCCUUUACUGCUGGUCUGUACUGGUCUGUAACCCAUAUCCUUUACUGCUGGUCUGUACUGGUCUGUACUGGUCUGUAACCCCAUAUUCUUUACUGCUGGUCUGUACUGGUCUGUACUGGUCUGUAACCCAUAUCCUUUACUGCUGGUCUGUACUGGUCUGUACUGGUCUGUACUGGUCUGUACUGGUCUGUACUGGUCUGUACUGGUCUGUAACCCCAUAUCCUUUACUGCUGUCUGUACUGGUCUGUACUGGUCUGUAACCCCAUAUCCUUUACUGCUGGUCUGUACUGGUCUGUACUGGUCUGUAACCCCAUAUCCUUUACUGCUGGUCUGUACUGGUCUGUAACCCCAUAUCCUUUACUGCUGGUCUGUACUGGUCUGUAACCCCAUAUUCUUUACUGCUGGUCUGUAACCCAUAUCCUUUACUGCUGGUCUGUACUGGUCUGUACUGGUCUGUAACCCCAUAUUCUUUACUGCUGGUCUGUACUGGUCUGUAAACCCAUAUCCUUUACUGCUGGUCUGUACUGGUCUGUACUGGUCUGUAACCCCAUAUCCUUUACUGCUGGUCUGUACUGGUCUGUAACCCAUAUCCUUUACUGCUGGUCUGUACUGGUCUGUACUGGUCUGUAACCCCAUAUCCUUUACUGCUGGUCUGUACUGGUCUGUACUGGUCUGUAACCCCAUAUCCUUUACUGCUGGUCUGUAGCUGGUCUGUACUGGUCUGUAACCCAUAUCCUUUACUGCUGGUCUGUAGCUGGUCUGUACUGGUCUGUAACCCCAUAUCCUUUACUGCUGGUCUGUACUGGUCUGUACUGGUCUGUACUGAUCUGUAACCCAUAUCCUUUACUGCUGGUCUGUACUGGUCUGUACUGGUCUGUACUGGUCUGUAGCCCCAUAUCCUUUACUACUGGUCUGUACUGGUCUGUACUGGUCUGUACUGGUCUGUACUGGUCUGUAACCCAUAUCCUUUACUGCUGGUCUGUACUGGUCUGUACUGGUCUGUACUGAUCUGUAACCCAUAUCCUUUACUGCUGGUCUGUACUGGUCUGUACUGGUCUGUACUGGUCUGUAGCCCCAUAUCCUUUACUGCUGGUCUGUACUGGUCUGUAACCCCAUAUCCUUUACUGCUGGUCUGUACUGGUCUGUAACCCCAUAUCCUUUACUGCUGGUCUGUACUGGUCUGUAACCCAUAUCCUUUACUGCUGGUCUGUACUGGUCUGUAGCCCCAUAUCCUUUACUGCUGGUCUGUACUGGUCUGUACUGGUCUGUAACCCCAUAUCCUUUA